AUGCGACCUGUGCUUCGCGCUCUUGGAAAACCCUCCCGACGAUGGACACUUCCUGCUGGUCACCAAUGGGCACGAUGGCAGCAAUCACGGCAUCUCAGCGGCACUUCAAGGCGUAGGGAGGAGCAAGGUCCAGAUGAGCAAUCUGAAGGCUUCACCGGCUAUGUCGCCGAUAUGCUCGAUGCACCCUUACAUAAGGUCCAGCCUGCUACUAGGACACAGCCAGAACCUUCGCCACCUGAGAACCUCCCUAUGACGACCAGAGAGGAGACUCUGGCCAAAGCAAGACUUGUCUUCGGAUCACGACUGGCAGGACCAGAGGAAAGGCAGAAGGAGCUUGAGAGUAAAAGCCAGAUGAUUGCGGGCGUACUCGUACCACCCAAGCCUGAGGAGCCGGACAACUGCUGCAUGUCAGGAUGUGUAAACUGUGUGUGGGAGCUCUAUAGAGAGGAGAUGGAGGAGUAUUUGGCUAAGAGGAACGAGGCGAACCAGAAGAUGAUGGACCAACGCACGACAGGUCAGGCUACAGGCAUGAUGGCGCAAGAAGCUGGGACGCCCAGUCAUGUGGCUAUCAGUAUGGACGAUGAUGGAGGAGGGAGCGAAACCAAUUGGGCGGCUCCUCCCCAGCCGGAAACGAGCAAGGCCCCGGAAGAUGUCGCUGAUCCUCUGGCUGGCAUUCCUGUCGGUAUCAGAGAGUUCAUGAAGACGGAGAAGAGGCUCAAAGCAAAGCAGAAGGCUGCCGGCAAGCACAUCGAGACUGCACUGGACAAAGAUCUGAGAGCCAGCGUUUGGGGACACGUAUAA